AGCUUUAUGCUGAGGUUAUUAGUCUGACGUGUUUUCCUGUUUCUCAUCUGUCACAGUUUCUCUCAUCUUGUAGGCUACUUAAGGCUUUCUGGGUUAGUUACUCACCUUCCUGUCUAAACAGAUACUCUGUCAGAGAGAAGCAGAAGUUGGAUGCCACAAAUGAUGACAUGAAGCAGAGUUGGAGUAUUUUAUGUUUUCAUCAAUUUGUAAGUCUAUGAAUACAAAUCGUACUAUUGUUCCUCAUUCAUGACUCUUGAGCUAAAACUGAACAACAUCUCAUCAUGACUGUGUCAACACUGUGUUUGGAUUUGGUAUUUAUACUAUUUAUAGCCCCACAAUGCCAAUGCCAAAGUAAAAUUCCACCCUUGACAAAUGGAAGUUGUUCAGCAGGAUAUUACAAAUUAAAACAUGACUGUGUGAUGUGUGGGAGCGGAUAUUACACUUCCUUACCAAAUAAAAUGAAAAGUUGUUUAAGAUGUACGCUAUGUGAUUUUGGUGCUCAUGAAGUAGAAGAUAUCACCAAAACCUGUACACCAACACAGAACAGAGUCUGCGUUUGUAAAGCUGGGUUUUACAAGAAUAAUGGUCACUGUAAACCCUGUCUCAGCUGCCAAAAUUGCACAGAAUGUUUGAACUGUAAAGAGAACUGUCCCCAACAAAUGAUUAUAAAAACCACAGCAGUAGUUUGUGGAAUUGGCAGUUACCUGGAUGAUGGACAGUGCCAAAGCUGUGUUGAGUCUAAGUGCAAGAAAGAGUCCUGUAAAUCUUUUUGUAGUCUUACCACAGUUGAAACAAAUGGUUUUUCUGACCCGCUGUUGCUGGUGAUACUGAUCAGCGUGACCUUAUUGGGUGGUCUUCUCUGUCUUCUUCUCAUCUGGUUCUGUAGACGGAGACGGCUUUGCCGCCAAACCAAAAUCUGUAAUUUUGGCAAACAUCCAAACUUUCAGAUUCAACCAGCAGAUCAACCUUAUGAUGUAAUCAACAUUCCCACAGCAAUGGAAUUGACGGGACACAACGUCCUCAGUGGAGAUUUACAGAACAUCAUGGCCCCCCUGAUAGCAAACGGAAACCCAAAAUUGAUGCAGGUUUUGCAGAAAGAGUCCUGGCCAGCAUCAGUGCUGUACACGGUCAUAAGAGAGAUUCCCGUGACUCGUUGGAAGGAAUUUUUGCGACUGCUUUCAGUGUCCGAUGAUCAGAUGGAACGGAUUGAACUGGAGGCAGGCCCAUCCUAUCUGGAAAAGCAGUAUCAUAUGCUACGUCUGUGGAGCCAGAACAGUGAAGCGAAGAUUGAGAAUAUCUACUCAACAUUACACUACAUGAACCUGUCAGGCUGUGCCCAGGAACUGCAAGAGAAGCUAGAACAACUGGAAGCAAGCAUGCAAGCUCACUCAUCUUGACUCCAUCUCCUCAUGUGUGUGAGCUGCAGUAGCAUUUCACAAUCAUUUACAGGGAACUCUGAACAGCAGAUGCUAUGUCUUCUGAACUUUUAACAGGAAACCCUCAGUCAUGGCUAAACAUAUUCUACUUUGUGAAUUGUUUUAUUUAAGUAUAAUGUAAAAUAAAUGCAGAUUAUUAUGCAUAUCAUAGCUGCUUUGUAAUAACUGAUUAUAAUCCUUGUUCUUGGUUAAAUGAAUCAGCCUUGUGUCACUAUAACCUAAAAAUGUAGAUUUUUAAAGAAUUGUUGAUCAAUUCAAAGUUUGAACAUUAAUAUUAAAUUUUUAUCAUCCAUCAGCUUAAGGAGGUAUCUAGUGGUUUUCAGGAUAAACAUAGCUGCUUAUUUGUUUCACGCUAAAGGUUAUUUUAAGUUCUCAGUCAUAUUGUAUAUGGGCAUGUUGGAAGUAUUACUUCACAUUCACUUUGUCACACCAGUAUACAUUUGUUACUUUUCUUAAUAAAAACAUAAUGAAUGUA